AUGACUCCAGUUAUUGAGCACUCGCUAGUGAUGAUGACCCCAGUUAUUGAGUACUCGCUUGUGAUGAUGACCCCAGUUAUUGAGCACUCGCUAGUGAUGAUGACCCCAGUUAUUGAGCAGGCGCUAGUGAUGAUGACCCCAGUUAUUGAGUACUCGCUAGUGAUGAUGACUUCAGUUAUUGAGCACUCGCUAGUGAUGAUGACUCAAGUUAUUGAGUACUCGCUAGUGAUGAUGACCCCAGUUAUUGAGUACUCGCUAGUGAUGAUGACUCAAGUUAUUGAGUACUCGCUAGUGAUGAUGACCCCAGUUAUUGAGCACUCGCUAGUGAUGAUGACUCCAGUUAUUGAGUACUCGCUAGUGAUGAUGACCCCAGUUAUUGAGUACUCGCUAGUGAUGAUGACCCCAGUUAUUGAGCACUCGCUAGUGAUGAUGACCCCAGUUAUUGAGCACUCGCUAGUGAUGAUGACUCCAGUUAUUGAGUACUCGCUAGUGAUGAUGACCCCAGUUAUUGAGCACUCGCUAGUGAUGAUGACUCCAGUUAUUGAGUACUCGCUAGUGAUGAUGACCCCAGUUAUGAAGCACUCGCUAGUGAUGAUGACCCCAGUUAUUGAGCACUCGCUAGUGAUGAUGACCCCAGUUAUUGAGCACUCGCUAGUGAUGAUGACCCCAGUUAUUGAGCACUCGCUAGUGAUGAUGACCCCAGUUAUUGAGCAGGCGCUAGUGAUGAUGACCCCAGUUAUUGAGCACUCGCUAGUGAUGAUGACCACAGUUAUUGAGCACUCGCUAGUGAUGAUGACUCCAGUUAUUGAGUACUCGCUAGUGAUGAUGACUCCAGUUAUUGAGUACUCGCUAGUGAUGAUGACUCCAGUUAUUGAGCACUCGCUAGUGAUGAUGACUCAAGUUAUUGAGUACUCGCUAGUGAUGAUGAUCCCAGUUAUUGAGUACUCGCUAGUGAUGAUGACUCAAGUUAUUGAGUACUCGCUAGUGAUGAUGACUCCAGUUAUUGAGCACUCGCUAGUGAUGAUGACCCCAGUUAUUGAGCACUCGCUAGUGAUGAUGACCCCAGUUAGUGAGUACUCGCUAGUGAUGAUGACUCAAGUUAUUGAGUACUCGCUAGUGAUGAUGACUCAAGUUAUUGAGUACUCGCUAGUGAUGAUGACCCCCAGUUAUUGA